UAAGAUAAUCCAUUUCAGAGCUUUAAAACACUUGUUCCAUAGGUGUCUGCUGUGAAGUAAAGUAAUGAUAUUGUUUUCAGUACCCCAGCGCCAACGGCGGAGGUGCCAGCCAUCGGCCGUCCGCGCCGUGCUACCGCAUUUAACGGAGCAGCAGCAGCAGACCAACACGCUCCUGGCACAGCUAUGUGACGUUGGUGUACGGCAGGCCACGGCGUUGGAGCUCCUAGCCGACAACACCAGGCGGCAGGGCGAGGCACUGCAGCAGCUCGUCGACGAGGCGAGGCGUCAUCGGGAGGCCGCCAAACACCAGGCAAGGCAUCUUGAUGACGUGGCUCGCGAGCUGCAGGGCGUCGGUGCCCUCGUCCAGGCCCUCACUGCGACGCUCCAACGGCAGCCACGUGCGCCAUAAUUUCAAAAAUCGUUGUACAUAUGUUUCCAUUUUGUUCGUCUCAGAUGGGCUGGGACCCCACUUCAAGAGUAAGGUCAUAGAUGAGGUUUCCUGGCCAGACGUGUACUACACCAUGCAGAUAGAUGAAACCCCAAAACCGGAGCAGCAUGUUCAGCAACUGGAUAUCCUCUUGCGGUACUUUUCGAAAGCCCAACAGAAAGUUGUCAUUGAACACUUGCAGUCUUUUAACUUGGGUUGCGCCACAGCCAACAUUUUGGUUGACUGUAUUGAAAAAAGUGUUGCUGACCUGCCGAGGAACAAGUUCCUUUGUUUUUUUAGUGAUGGCCCUAACACAAUGAAGAGUGUCAAAACAAAGCUGAAGGAAGGAGUCUGUCCGAACCUUUUGGACAUCGGUGAGUGCAACUUGCAUAAAGUGCACAAUGCCUUCGGCACAGGCCUCAACUCUUUCGGCAGUGAUGUCGAGCUCUUCGUGUUAGAUGUAUACUACUUCAAGCAUGCCGUUCGAUCCUCGAACCUCAAGGAACAUCAGAAAGAGCUGGGAAUACAAGAGCACAUUUUCCUUCGACACGUUGGCAACAGAUGGCUCACUUUUCAAGACAGCCUUGAACGAGUAAUUGAGCAGCAUGAAGCACUAAAGGCCUACUUCAACACCCAGACAGAUUCUCGACCACCAGGUGCUGUGCUCAAGACUAGACUGGCAGCUGCGCUUGGUGACAAGAAGAUGCUGGCAAAGAUGCUGUUUCUGCGGAGCACUGCUGAAAUAUUUGUAGUAUUUCAGGAAGUUUUCAGAAAGAUGAACCGCUGAUUCACAUUGUAUACUCUGAGUGUGUCAAUCUCAUGAAAAUGUUGCUGAGCCGCUUCGUAAGACAUGAAGUGUAUGCUUCUUUGUCUGGGUCAGAGCUUAGGCGUCUUGACGUGGGUGCAGCUACGGGUCUCAAACAAGCCCCUGAGAUUGGUCUAGACACAUAGAGAUGAAGGCUUGGGAUCCACAAGAAAAGAAAGCCUUCAGGACUGGUGCUCAAGCUUUCUACAAUGCAACGGCCAAGCAUCUCAUCAAGCAGCUUCCACUUGACAAUAAGUUGCUUCUUCACUUGCGCUUUCUGGAUCCAUCUAGCCACCUGACCAUGGAAGAAAGAGUGCAGUCAUUGAAGUACGUUGCAGCUUGUGUUCCGAACAUUGUCGAAACUGAGCAGGUGACUUGCUUGAUUGAUGAAUGGCAUUCGCUUCAUUGUCGGCCUGUAGUCAAUGGGGCAUCAUCCCACACUACCAGUGUUGGCAGCUACUGGGCUUCACUGCUGGCCACCGACUCCGCAAGAUACCCUCUCCUGUCAGUGCUUGUGCGUGCUAUGCUACCGCUUCCCCACGGCAAUGCCGAUUGUGAAAGGGGAUUCAGUGAGAAUAAGCAUAUUUUGGAUAACCGGUCAAGCUUGGCUAUCACAACCAUCAAUGGGAUCCGCCAAGUGAAG